CGAGACUGUCACCGAGACUGUCACCGAGCCUGGGGGCGGCCCACUUGCGGACGAUCUUGGGGCGGCCGGGCGGGUGGCCGGCCGGGCCACCGCCAUGACAGCUCAGACCUUCUGUGAUCGACUGCUCCAGGACACGCCUUUCCUGACGGGGCCCGGCCGUCUCAGUGAGCAGCAAGCAGACAGGAUCAUUCUGCAGCUGAACCGCUAUUAUCCCCAGAUCCUCAGCAACGAAGAGGCAGAAAAGUUCCGAAACCCUAGAGUGGCACUGCGUGUACGGCUCUGCGACCUGCUGGGCCACCUGCAACGGAGAGGCGAGCAGCACUGUCAGGAGUUCUACCGUGCCCUGUUCAUGCACGCACCACCCCUACAUGCCCGCUUGCCCAGCCGCCGUGCCCUGGAGGACUCAGAGAGCACAGAGCUAGCCUGGGCGGCUGACAGCCACGAGCUCAGUGACAGGGGACCUGUGGCUUUCCUGGCCUGCCUAGGCCUGGCAGCGGGUCUGGCCUUGCUCUUGUACUGCAGCCCUCCAGACUCCAAAGUGCUCCCAGGGACCAGGCGUGUCCUGGCCUUCUCCCCGAUCAUCCUGGACCGGCACGUCAGCCGCUUCCUGCUGGCCUUCCUCACAGAAGACCUGGGAGUGCUCUGAUGCUGUCUCCAGCUCCCCACCCCCAGAUAACCAAAGAGCCCCUUCACCUGCUGGGGCCACUUAUUUUCUACUCAUUUAUUUUCUACAAUUUAUCAUUUCUGCAAAAAGCACAUCAUCCUCAUGUACAAAGGUGCUCAGCAACAUUAAAUGUCUGAAUCUGGCUUUAUCUUGAA